AUGAAGCAGAUCCCGGGAAGUCUCGUGCUGCUGCUUGAUGGGGCAGCCAAUGAUUGCAUAGACCCGAUGACUUGAUCUAUUCAAAAUGUUCGCCACCACCUUUCUUUUAUUGCCUCGCUCCUACUCCACCAAGACUGAUUACCCUCCAUUCAUUUGCAAAAGCACUGCAAUCUCUCCCCUCCCAUGUAGUACUUAUAUCACAACCUCCUCUGAUACAUCCCGUCAUUACUCGACACGCAAGGUAGCAAACAUCACGUGAUGGUUUUUUUUUUAAAUAUCGAAAAGAGCGGGAAAGCAACAAACAGUCGACAUGUAUGUUUUGAGAUUCAAAUUCUGUUUGCAAACAUGUACGAUUGUGAAUGUAUGUUUGUUUUUCCUCAUAAUGUACGACACCGCACAAGACUUACCUCCGUUUCCUCUCUCCUACACAACCAAGUUUACUGCCCAUACACACGCAAGAGCACUGCAAUCACUCUCCCCCCAUAAUGCAUACUUUGCGUCACAAUCUCAUUUGAUGAGUCUCAUUAUUACUCGUCAUACACGCAUAUCAAACAACACCAUGGGUAGAGUUGAAAAUCAAAUUGAGCGGGAAAUCAACAACCACCUGA